AUUUAGACUUUUAGAAGUGUUAAAGCAGGAUGAAUAGCAUUGUUGGAAUAUGAGAUAUAGAAAGGAAAAAACACACACACAAAAAAAAAUAAAUAAAAAAGGGAAGGAAAAGUGGGAAGUACAGAAGAAGAGUUACGCAGCACAGAUUUGAGUCAUGAAUAAUCGCUCUAUAUCGCACUGGUUGAGACAGAUCGGACUGCCGCAGUACACCAGAGUACUGGAAAAACAGUGUUAUGGCCUUGAGGGUCUUCUCGAUGUAACAGAAGAGGAUCUUAGACUGAUGGGAGUUGAAGACCCAGAACACAGAGCAACCAUUAUAAUCCAACUGAAGAAACAACAACAGAGAAUACAACCAAACAAAGAGAGUUGCUCAACAGGAACCACAGGCAGAGUGACCCGGAAGUAUUCUUUGGCAUCAUCACUCGACUUGGUCAAACCCAAAACCGACCUCUUCCGUCAAAGCAUCGUGCCGCGACUGCGUCGCCGUGACAACCACAGAGUCUCCGCCUCCUGCCUCCAGCUCCCGGCCCAAACCAAUGAGGAAGACCACGCCUCCUCCAGCAAACACAGCAGGAGGAAGAGUGUGACAGCUUUCAUCAGUCAGGUGUUCUCAGGGCUGAAGGACAUGGACUCUGUGAAGAAGGAACUGGAGGAGGAACUUAAACUCAACCCUGAAGAUCUGAGGAGUCACGCCUGGUAUCAUGGACAGCUGUCGCGCGAGGGUGCGGAGCAGUUAUUGUGUCGGGAUGGUGAUUUUCUGGUGCGUGACUCCAGCUCAAGCGCAAGUGAUUAUGUUCUGAGCUGCAUGUGGAACAAUCAACAAGUGCAUUUCAAGAUCAUAAAAGUCGUACUGCGACCCAAACAGGGUUACUCCCGCGAGUUGUUCCAGUUUGAGCACGAUCAGUUCGACAACAUUCCUGCGUUAAUUCGAUUCCAUGUUGGCGGACGGCGUCCCAUCUCAACUUCCUCUGGAGCGGUUAUCUUUCAUCCAAUCACGCGCACCCUGCCUCUACGCAUCAUCAGUGAGCGCCAGGCUGAAAAAUCAUCAAGCUCAUCUAAUUGGUCGAGAGGUCAGAGCAAGAGGCGGAGCUUGAGCUCCUCUCAGAAAGACGCACUACUGGUCAACAACAUCCUGCUCAGGAGUGGCAGUCAGCCUGCUAACUUGGAGACAGUGGGAAGACCAUGUCUACAGUCUGCACAAUCUGACAGCAACCUCCGCACAGGUGUACCACAGACAAGUUCAUCACAGGAGUCAAGCCCCGCCCUCAUCUCGCCAGUGUUCCGCACAGGAAGUGAACCUCUGCUCAGCCACGCAGCCACUUCCUGCACCACUAGGCUCAGCCAAUCAGGUCUCGGCGGCUCGCCUCUCCGUGGCUCUGAUGGACAGUUGCAUUCUCAAGCGCCACCCAAACCAUUGCGAAUCUCCAUCCUGUUCCCCCCAACUCCGACUGUUUCGGAGGCGGACCCUGGUGGUCUAUAUGGCGAGCUGGUGCCACAGGUUCCGGUCACCAUGUUGCCCAAAGGUCACGCGGCACGCCUCCGCGCUCAGGAGAAAUGGACCAGUCGAGCGCGCCUCACUGAAACCAGCUUUGGGUUCCUGGAGGCGCAGAAACUGGAGGAGGAGCGGCGGUCGAGAGAGACAGAGACGGGGACCGUGGAAGACACGGACUGGCAUUUUGAGCGUCCACAGACCGAGACCACCUCAUGUUUUCGUCUGGAGGAUUUCCGCUCGCUUCUGCUGCCGGAGAACAAUCGUCCACUGGAUCAGAGCGCACUGCUCAAAGUCAAAGAUCUGCUGACACGCACCGAUGCCAGGACCACUGCGUUACACAUGCUCAGUGUCAACUGUCAGGUGGCUCGAGUCACAGGUGUGACGGUGGAGCAGAAGAGGAUUAUGGGAGUCGAAACAGGUUUAGAGCUCAUCACACUACCACACGGAGGCCAGCUGAGACAAGACCUGCUGGAGAGGCAUCAUGUGAUGGCUCUGGGCAUCGCAGUGGAUCUUCUGGGCUGUACAGGGACGGUGUGUCAGAGGGCAACCGUGCUGCACAAGAUCAUUCAGUUGGCACAAGAGCUGCGGUUCACCACACACGACCUGUAUGCCUUCUCUGCUGUCAUGAAAGCCCUGGAGAUGCCGCAGGUGGUGAGGCUGGAGAUGACAUGGAGAGCGUUAAGGCAGAAUCACACAGACAGUGCUGUGACAUUUGAAAAGAGCCUCAAACCCUUCAUGAAAUCACUCAAUGAAGGAGAUGACUCUGUUGUGUCAGGGCCGUUGUCUCUGCCUCACAUGGUGCCGUUGUUGAGUUUGAUGGAGGGAGAGCAGGACAUUGUGGAAUCGACAGACAGAGGCUGCCAGCUGCUCUACAACCUGCUGCAGUCAGCACGCAACGCUGCACUACACGCCAACGACUGCACACUGCAUGCUCACAGCAUGCUCUCAGCCGGUUGGGAGCCAAUCCCAGAGCUGCUGGAGGCGUUUCAGACAGAGUUUGCUCUUCGUCUCUUCUGGGGCCAAACAGGUGCAAAGGCCGAACGGAAGGAGCGCUACACCAAAUUCGACAGGAUCCUUACUGUCCUCUCCCACAAACUGGAACCAGACGAAACCUCUUAAGUUUGACAUCCUGAUCUUAAAGGGAUAGUUCACACAAAAAUGAAAACACUGUUACCCUCAUGCCAUUCUUUCUUCUGUGGAGCACAAGAGAAGAAAUUAUUAAAUAUAUCCACGCCACUCUGUACCAUUAAAUUAAAGUAAUUGGAGAUUGGUGCUGUCAAAAUUCACAAUGACAAAAAAAAAAAGCAUCAUUCAUGUAUCAUAAAAGUACUCAAUACAACUCAUGUGCUAUAUUCAGAGUCUUCUCAAGCCAUAUGCUAUCUUUCUGUGUGAGAAACAAACCCAAAUGUAAGUCGAUAUUUACAGAAAAUAUUCCACUCCAAUAAGCUGUUAACCGCUGUAACUAGAUUGGGUCAGUGAGCUGAACUUGAGAACCGAUUCAGUCCGAUUCGUUAACAAAUCAUUCAGACUGGUUUUUCCAUCUAGAUAAAUGGAUUAAAUGUAAAAGAUCUUACUCAAAAGAACAGUUGAUUCAUGAAUAGGAUCGCUACUUCUUUCAUGAAUACACAAAGGAUAUUUUCAGUGAAUAACUACUUAAAAUUUUGCUAUUACAGAAUGUAAUGUGGUGCACAAGUUGUAUGGACCACAUUUAUGGUGCUUUUUUUUUUGUCAUUGUGGAGCUUGACAGCACCAGUCUGUAUUAAAAAAUAUUAUACAGAAAAGAGUGGCCAGUUUAUUCUUCAAAGGUUCAUAGAAAGUCAUACAGGAUCGACAUGUGCUUGAGUAAAAAUAAAAAGAAUAUUUGGGUGAACUAAUCCUCUUCUCAUCAACGCCAUCUGCUGGUGGAAACAGGAACUAAGCCAUUCUAUACGCAAUUCUGAUUGGCUAUCUCGAGAAAAGGGCGCAUUGGCUUAUGAAAUCUAUGAUGAUGCCUAAGAUUGAUAUUCCUGUCAUGUAUUUUCAAUUAAAAUAGAGAAAAGCAGGAAAUGCUGGGAAAUGAGAAAACAUUAAAAAUAUAAGGCUUCCAGACUUGUAAAACUAGUUCACAUAUUGUGUAUUCGACUUGUGAAUUUGUAUGAUUUUUGAUCUAUUUUAUAUCUGAAGGUGCAUUACUGCCACCAACUGGACUGGAUGUGGUGUUGCGAUUUGUCUUGAGUGUUUUUCUAUGCAUGUUGAGUUUUUGUGACUGUUUAUAUGGCAAUUAAUUAAAGUGGAAUUUAAUAUAUCAAACUGUGAUAGAUUCAUUUACACACAAACUAAUCAUGUAAGGAAUGUCUCAAGUACAAAUAAAGCUCUAUCUGUUGAUUACCACAGAAAACAAUUUCGACUCAUCCCUCUGUAAGGGGGACAAUCAAAACAAGCAAGUACAACCCCCCACCCCCCAAUAUUUAUACCAUGAUCAAUGGAAACAAAUGAUGGCAUGUUUUACACACGAAAGUACCAGAUAAAAGGCUGGAGACUUCACAUUUAACAUCUCAUUAAUUAAUAAACUGACAUAGAUUUAUUAAUAGACUGCUAUAUUUGAUAUAGCAAGAUGGUGGUGGUGGUGUAGUGGACUAUAGAAGGUGGUGGUGGUGUAGUGGACUAUAGAAGGUGGUGGUGGUGGUGGUGUAGUGGACUAUAGAAGGUGGUGGUGGUGUAGUGGACUAUAGAAGGUGGUGGUGGUGGUGUAGUAGACUAUAGAAGGUGGUGGUGGUGGUGUAGUGGACUAUAGAAGGUGGUGGUGGUGGUGGUGUAGUGGACUAUAGAAGGUGGUGGUGGUGUAGUGGACUAUAGAAGGUGGUGGUGGUGGUGGUGUAGUGGACUAUAGAAGGUGGUGGUGGUGUAGUGGACUAUAGAAGGUGGUGAUGGUGUAGUGGACUAUAGAAGGUGGAGGUGGUGGUGUAGUGGACUAUAGAAGGUGGUGGUGGUGGUGUAGUGGACUAAAGCACUGAACUGGUAAGUUUUUCUUGUGGAACAACUGUUUGAUGCGGAUUUUGGGUAGGUGAGGUGCGUUCUCAUUGGUGGCGGUUUUGACUCCUUGACUGUAAUCUUCAAACUCCACGUCAGCAGGGGACUUCAAGCCUGUUUUAUACUGCUCUAUAAGAGCCACAGUUUCCUUCAGAAACAGACAGAGUGUUAAGAUUUCAUUUAGUCAGACACCAGGGGUGAAUAUUUAUAUCUCGGAGUGAUACAACUAUUUUUCUCCUUGUUGUACCUCUGGAGUUGUGAAGUGUAUUCAUUCUUACACUCAUAUGUGAUGUGUGUGCGCAAGUGUGCCUGCUGUUUGGCCUGACAAAUACAAGAAUCUAACUCAUCAUCCUGUCUGCUUGACCCUGCACUUUCUCUCUGCUCAAGAUUUGUAUAUCUGAUAUAUCUGCUCCCAUAUCACACUUGAUAAAUCAGUCUUUUAUUUCUGCCACUGUUCCUGUAGAUUUAAAAACUGCUGCUGUCAUACCGAUUCUUAUAAAAUGUGGUUUAGAUCCUUCUGAACUCAACAACUACAGGCCCAUAUCAAAUCUUCCUUUUGUAGCUAAACUUAUGGAAAGAGUAGUUGCCACACAAAUACAGCCCCACCUACUUUCUAAUAAGCUUUACGAUCGCAUCUUAAAACACAUCUGUUCUCGUAUUUCUGCCCCGUUCCUGAAAACUGUUGAUCUCUGAUUGCUUACUGCUCAUGAAAUUGAAAUUGUUGAGGUCUAUUUUGCUCCAUUUGUUGAUGUCUGUUUUGGUCUAUUUGUCUUGUCUUACAUUGAUUAAUGUUUUCCUGUUUAUUCCUGAGAUUGUAAAGUGUCCUUGAGUUCUGGAAAGGCGCUAUAUAAAUUAAACUUGUUACUAUUAUUAUUACAUUUACCAGUAAAUGCAAUCCAACCAUUUUUGUUUACCAGGUUGCAUGUGUAAAAGGGGCUAUUAUCUAGUAUUUGGGACAAAAGACUGAAUUACAGCAACUAAAGAAGAUAAGACUUAGAAAAUUUCAUCUUAAAGGAAUACUUCACCCAAAAGAAAUUCUCUCAUCAUUUACUCACCCUCAUGCCAUCGCAGAUGUGAAUAAAUUUCUUUCUGCUGCUGAACUCAAACAAAGAUUUUUAGAAGUAUAUCUCAGCUUUGUAGGCCCAUACAAUGUAAAUAAAUGGGUGCCAAAUGUUUUAAGCUCCAAAAAGCACAUAGAGCAGUGACCUCUGACCCUGUGUGAGUAUAAACAUGUUGUUGAUGUAAACGUUAUCAUGAGUCUCUGAUGAGUCUGACUCUGACUCUGAAAGAAUUUGUUUACUCUGAGAGACUUCAUGUUUGUGUAAAACGUUGGCAGUGACAUCAUCUGUAGAUCUGUUGAGAUUCAAGCUCUUGUUGUUGGCAGCAGUGCAGAACAAUGACAUUGUGCUUUUACAACAAUUUCCUGGAUCUGCUUAUAACAUCUGUGUCAAUAACAAAUACUACACAAGGAAUAAAAUGUAAAGAUUGACAGAAAUGUCUCCUAAUGUUUAAUUGCUUUUACUUUUGCAGAAUAUUAUCAGCAAAUUAAUCAGCAAAAUGUAGGAAACAAUAUCAGUUGUAGAAAAGGGCCCAGCUGCAAGAAACCCCAUUAAGAAAACCCAUAGUUAUAGUUGUUAUAGUAUUGUCACUAAGGUGUUUCUUGCAGCCAGCUGCAAAACUCGGAAGAACUCCAUUUGUAAUGUUAGAAAAUCCAUUAUCCACCACCAGUCUCUAAACAGAUACUUAGAUAAAUCUAGCUGUAAGAUAAUUAUGGCAGCAGGUAGAGACAUGUUGACCUGAGAUUAGUAUUUUAAACUGACACUCCUGUCAUAACGUGUGUCUCUCUCUCUUUUCUCUUUAUUGUUUCUGCAGUGUUGAUAGUGAUGAUCUGACCUGCAGCAGGAUUCUCACCAACCAGUAGAUGAUGUUCUUCAGCAGAGACAAAGACCAACACAAAACCAGCAUGAAGAACAAGUAUGAGAGCUUAUUUGAGGGAAUCAAACUACAAAAGUAUCAAACCCUCCUGAACAGGAUUUACACACAGCUCUACAUCAUAGAGGGAGAGAGCGAAGGGGUGAAUGAAGAACAUGAGGUUUUACACAUGGAGAAAACAGCCAGAACUCAACACUUACAAGACACUCCAAUCUACUGCAAUGAUAUCUUUAAAACCUUACCUGAACCAGGAUGUGAGAAGAAGAUAAAAGACCAAAUAAAGACUGUUCUCACUAAAGGCAUCGCUGGAAUUGGAAAAACAGUCUCUGUGCAGAAGUUCAUUCUGGACUGGGCCGAGGGAAAAGCAAAUCAGGAUGUAGAUUUCAUGUUUGUGCUUCCAUUUCGAGAGCUGAACUUGAUUAAAGAUGAGCAGUACAGUCUUCACAAACUUCUGCUGGACUUUCAUCCUGAACUUCAUGAUAUGGACUCAAAGAUUUAUGAAGAGUGUAAACUUGUGUUCAUUUUUGAUGGUCUGGAUGAAAGCAGAAUUCCACUGAUGUUUUCAGACAGUGAGAAAGUUUCUGAUGUGACUGAGACUUCAUCAGUGGGAGUGUUGAUGACAAACCUCAUCAAAGGAGAUCUGCUUCCCUCUGCUCUCAUCUGGAUCACCUCCAGACCAGCAGCAGCCAAUCAGAUCCCCUCCAAAUACAUCAAGCGUGUGACAGAAAUUCAGGGAUUCAAUGACCCUCAGAAGGAGGAAUAUUUCAGGAAGAGAAUCAGAGAUGAACAUCAAGCCAGCAGAAUCAUCUCACACAUUAGAAAAGCAAGAAGCCUCCACAUCAUGUGCCACAUACCAGUCUUCUGUUGGAUCUCAUAUCCUGCUUAUUCAGAUCAAUAUGAGGAAUCACAAGAGAAACUUCCCUAUAAAAAAUGUUGAGGACAAAAUUAUCACUGGAUUUGCAAAAUUUUGCCAGAUCUGGACCUGAGUAACAGUGACCUGCAGGAUUCAGGAGUGAAGCUGCUUUCUGAUGCACUGAAGAAUAUAAACUGUAAACUGGAAAUAUUGAGGUUAUCAGGCUGUAUGGUGACAGAGGUUGGCUGUAGUUAUCUGGCUUCAGUUCUGAGAUCGAACCCUUCACACCUGAUAGAGCUGGAUCUGAGCUACAAUCAUCCUGGAGAAUCAGGAGUCAAACUGCUCUAUGAGAGACUCAAUGAUACAAACUGCAAACUGGACAAACUCAAAUUUCUGUGAUCUCACACUGGAUCCCAAUACUGCAAACUAUUUCUUCUCUCUGUCUGAGGGGAACAGAAAGGUGACAUAUGUGAGAGAGCAGCAGUUUUAUCCUGAUCAUCCAGACAGAUUUGAUGAUUUAUAUCAGGUUCUGUGUAAAGAGAGUCUGUCUGGACGCUGAUACUGGGAGGCUGGAGUGGAGAUGCUGAUGUAUCCAUGAAGUAUAAAGGAGUUUGGAUGCAAUGAAAUGUCCUGGAGACUUAUUUGCUCUGAUAACCAAUUCACCACAUGGCACAAUAAUAAGAACAUUAAAAUACCCACCCCUUCACGUCGCUCUAACAGAGUCGGAGUGUAUCUGGACUGGUCGGCUAGCACUCUAUCCUUCUACAGCGUCUCUGAAACACACACACACUCACACACUUUCUAUCAGACCUUCAGAAAGACCAGAAUCCCACAGACUUACAUUGACGGAAUGUUCAAAUGAGCCAAAAGAGCUUUCUCAUACACUUUUUAGGCAAUCUGUUUGACACAGUCAAACGCUUAAGACAGUUGUAAACGGGUACAAAACAUUUUGAGAUUUUCCACUUCGAGGUGGUUGAAAGUGGUCAAAAAUGCAUGCAACCACAUUGGGCUCAUAGUAUAAAUGCUCAUCCGUUCAAAUGUGUUCAAACAGCAGCAAAGCUCUGCCUACUCACCUGUUAAUCAUCUGCUACUCAGUUAAUACAGGUAUUCCACUAAAAUAAUUGAGAGUUCUGCUCUAAACAUCACAUUUUCGCUUAUGGUUAAAUGCAAGUAUAAUUAAGAGAAAUGGUGCGCUUGUUUUUAGCGCUUUUCCUUCUUUCUUUUUUGCACUUUAUUAUCAUGCAUUAACACAUGUACACAAUGAAUGAUUUAUGUCAUAAUGAAAUCAGAGACCCUACCCUCGAAAUCCCAACAAAUGUGGUCAAAAGAUGCAUGUUACGAGCAGGUGUAAAUGGUGAUGUGCCUUGCUUGUCCUCUUGUGAUCAAAUUGCCCAAAACACAUGUUAACACCAGGUGUAAAAAAGACCUCUGUAUGUCAUUUUGUCUGUCUGUCUAACUUCAAAGCUUUAUAAACUUUUUUUAAACUUUCCAUCCAGGUUUGAUCAAGCCAACUUUAAAAUGUAUCUUAAAUAAUUUUACAUAUCUAGUUCAUUUAGUAUUUUUAUCCAAAGUAACUAACAGUACAACAACUAAAGUUCAAGCUAUAUUUUUAAGCAAUAAGGCACUUGUGAAUAUAGUCACAGCUGAAGGACAUUGUUAGGCAUGACGUGAAGCAGAGUAACUCCUUCAGUCAUGACUAUAUUCACAAUAUGGAAAGUUACCAUACCAUACCAUUACAUUUUAGGUACAAAUUAUUAUUAAAAAUGUGAAAGUUUUUUAGGGAAAGUCUUUAAAUGCUUUUCUUUCAUUAGAAGAUAUAGUCUCUGACAGUAAACAGUAACAGAAUAUUGCUAUGCAUUAAGAAUAACUGUCAGCUAUGGAUGCUGCACAGUUUUACUAAUAUAAGCUUGGUGAAGAAGUCACAGCUGGGCCUUUUCAAGAAUAAAACACAACUAUUGACUAAUCAGCAUUCAAGAACGGAACUUUAAAAUCUGACAACAGAAACAUUGGCAUGGAGAAAAAGCAACGUUUGUGUGAUAUGAUUGUGGUUUAAAUAAUUGAAUGUUAACACAGGCUGAUGAUGGUUAUUAUAUUGACAGCUGCAAAGUCGCGUUGAGACGUGCGCACCUCUCUGUCUUUGGUUUUGGUUUUUGGCCCAGUGUAACAAUUUGUGAUUUUAAUUGUGAGGCGUAAAAUUACCAGUUAAAUCCCAUGUUGCAACUGCUUGAACACAAAGGCAUAACAUUACAUUUAAAGAGCAGCUCUAAGUUGAACCAAAACAAAAACAAGUGAUUCCUUUUGACCAAGCUCUACUGCAAAAAGAGCCUUUUCAGUUUAAAAAGACCAUUACUGCAAUAUCGGUUUUAUUUCGAGUAGUUGUGAAGCCCUAACACUACUGUAUAUUUUAAUUCUUUAGACCCUUAUGUAUUCUGCUGUUUACAUACUGUACAAUUAGACAAAUGCAUUUUGGGGGGUGCUUGUCCACUGGCAGAUCUUGGCGUAGGCGAUAGAGGCAGUCAUGCUUUAGUGUAACUUUAGUUUGCUACUUUUUCCAACAAGUAGUAGUGUAAAAUAACAAAACUGUACAUUGUUUUUGUCACAUUAUAUUGUGCAUGCAGCAGCCGAGCAAACCGAGACAGUGAUCAAACGUGCUUACUGUACCUAAACUGUCCUUACAGUCACUCAUCGGAAGUCCAAAACAUUAACUGUAUGUAUAUUAGUUCAUUUAAAACAAAUGAUUCACCAAUACACUUACAGUACUUGUAGCUGUGCGGGAGUUUAAUUUUAGUGAAUCAGUUUGUUGGCGGAUGUGGAUGGUUCAUUGAAAUUAAUCGGUUCAAAUAAACGAUUCACCAAUUCACUUGAGCAAAUGCAUAGAAGUUACCACGUCUUCCUUUUUGAAGCUGUUUAUCACUAUGUUUUAACUCACUAAAAAGUGUUUCAUUUGUUGUAUUUAGUAUAAAUCAUUUUAUGUUCAAUAUAUCAUGUUUUAUUUAGUAUGAUUUAUUUGUUUAACAUUGAGAUCGCCAUAGGGUGUCUCAAUCAGCUCCCUAGCUCCCUAUGUAGUAAACACAGAUUCGGGCACUGGUAAGGGUGUUCAUCCACUAAAUAUCGGGGCACUUAUGACUCAAUCACCUGCGACACAUUAACAAGCUCGAGCAUUCAAGCACAGCUGUUAUUAUUCAGCUCCACCACUGUAUAAAUGAGACUAUCAUUCAUUUUCAUUGAAGAUAUUCAAACAUAGUGUUAUUAUAACAGAUAAAUGACAUAAAUAAAGAAAUAGUUAUAGUACUUGUUUAGCAACAUGUUAGCAACUCCAGGCUGCUUUGUGAGACAGGCUUCUUGUUCAAUAACUUAUGGGACUUUUACCCAUUGCCUGUUUUAUAACUUUGUUUUUAGAUUACCUCUGAAUUUGUAUUGCUCUUUUUUUUAUUUUUUUUAAAAAUAAACUCAAGCAUCAGCGUCUGAA